AUGCUGCAGUUGGAGUGCUCGGAGGCCUCGCUGCACCCGCAGCUUUGCGUGCAUGAUUGCGUCCUCUGCUUGAAAAGUGCUUUCUGUGUGAUUUCAGGUCUGCUUCUGCUUUCCUCCCCAGGUCCUUUCACAGAUGUUGUCACUACAAACCUGAAGCUGGGCAAUCCCACAGACAGAAACGUGUGCUUCAAAGUUAAGACCACAGCACCACGUAGAUACUGUGUAAGGCCUAACAGUGGAAUUAUCGAUGCAGGAACAUCAAUUAAUGUUUCUGUGAUGCUACAGCCGUUUGACUAUGACCCUAAUGAGAAAAGUAAACACAAGUUUAUGGUUCAGUCUAUGUUUGCUCCAGCUGAUACUUCAGAUAUGGAAGCAGUAUGGAAAGAAGCAAAACCAGAAGAACUCAUGGAUUCGAAACUUAGGUGUGUGUUUGAGCUACCAGCGGAAAAUGAUAAGCCUCAUGACAUAGAAAUAAAUAAAAUUGUAUCCACAACUGCAACAAAGACAGAUUCCUCUGUAAUGUCUAAAUCAAUAAGUUCUUCUUUGGAUGACACUGAAGUUAAGAAAGUAAUGGAAGACUAUAAGAGGCUUCAAGUAGAAGUUCAGAGGUUACGGGAGGAGAAUAAACAGUUUAAGGAAGAAGAUGGACUGCGGAUGAGGAAGGCGCCCCAGACAAACAACCCAAUAUCUGCUUCUGCAGCUGCUGUCAAGGACGAAGGGCUCAGCUCCAGACUACUCGCUUUGGUGGUUUUGUUCUUUGUCUUCGGCGUAAUUAUAGGAAAAAUAGCCUUGUAGAGGCAGCAUGCUGGAAAUUGUAAAUUGGUUUGAUGGUUCUGCCAUAUCAUUGGAUUAAAUUUAUUCAUAACAAUGUUUAAAAGAAAAUUAAUGUAUGACAUCUCACAGGUCUUGCCUUUAAAUUACCCCUGCACAAAUACUAUGUAACAUAAUCUAGAAAGUUUAAAAUGUACAAUGAGUGAAUGAAUGAAUAUUCUUCAGUGAUGGAAGGGGGGAGAAAAUCAUGAUUUAACACUACAAUGGAAUAUUGUAUAUGUCAUUUUAAACAUUCUUAGACCCUGCUACAUGUUGCUGGAUUACCUCUUUUAAAAAAGAAAAAAAAAAAAAAGAAAAAGAAACAGAAAAAGUAGAAAGAACUAUCCUCCACUGCUGGAGCUGGCCCUAUUGGAUGUUUGGAGCUGGGUUAGGCAGGAGGUGUUGAUAACUUCUGUAAAAUACGUUAAUCCACCAUUCUCAUAAAUUUAACAGUUUCUGUCAGUGUCUUCAACUUUGUGCAAGUUACCAAUUUCUUGGCACUUAAAUGAAUAGUGAGAAGCUGAAAAGAAUUGUCUGUGGCAAUGCUGAAUGUGCUGGGCAUCAUCGAGGCAUAUAUUGACUGGUGUGACGCUCGUUUGGAAUAGAGGUCAACGCCGUGUUCUCUUGAGGGGACCAAGCUACAUUGCUGUUGGUUCAUUUAGUUGAAUUAAAGUGUUAUUCAGAGAUGUUUAAUGCAUAUUUAACUUAUUUAAUGUAUUUCAUCUCAUGUUUCCUUAUUGUCACAAAAUUGACUAAUACUAUAAGGUACGAAAAGGCACCUGUUUAAAGCCAGUGACUAGAACUAAAAAUUUGCUGCUGUAGUAAUGCGCGAUUCUUUUGCCUCCUGGUGUUUUGGGCACUACACAAUUGUUGGGAGUUUUGAUCAUCUGAGCAUUGGAGAAACAGUGGUCAGGAAACUGUUUUUGUAUGUAAAUAAGUCUAUCUAGGGGAAAAAAAUAUUAGUAGUAAACUAGUCCUAUGCCGUAAAAGACCAAUCCUGUUUGACUAUGUAGCAUCUUAAAAAAGAAAAAAAAAAAAGAAAAGAAAAAUUAAAUAAAGCCCCCAAAUUAAUGUUUCCUUUGUUACUUUUGUCAUGUACUCACAGUUUUAGAGGGGAGGAGGAAACAGCAUUCUCUGUCAAUUUAGUUAGUUUAUGGCAUAAGGAAACUUGUGGCCUUCUUUGAGGAUGAUUUUUUUUUCCAGCCUAAUUUUAAAAUCAAUGCGAACCAACCCAUGGUGAGCCUGACACUCCGAGUGCUGCUGGAGGUGACUGCGCUGGCUGCCAAGGGACGAGGGAACCCCCCGCUUCCCAGCACGGUUGGGUCUGGCAGGUAACAUGCUUGAUCACAUAUUGAAAGGAAGAGUAAGGUUAAUUCUGUUUCUACGUAUACUUUCAGUAGAAAUUACAUAAACUCAAUGUGUUUUAACAUACUGAGUUUCAGUAGCUGAAAUCACUUUUGAGCAGGUAAAUUCCUGAAUAUUCUGAGGUGGUGGGUCUAGAACCUGUCAGUGGCAGAAAUUUUUUGUAAGAGCUUUCAGGAUUAUGGAAUGUCUUUAAUUCCUUUGUUACUGCUGUGAUUUCUGGAGAAAGGCGCUGGGACUGCAGCCCGCCUGCUGCGCUCGCCGGCCCUUCUGCUUCUCCCACCAUGCCCUCCAGGGUCUCCCGCUUUGCAAGCGCCCCCAGGAGAAGCAAAAUUUUAUCUGAGGUUUAAUAAGAAAAUUGGAGAAGAAAAAAAUCUGAACCGGUGUGUUCAGCUUAUGAACACAACUCUUGAAGUACUUCUGGAAGAUCCAACAAAAAUGAGAGGUGAAUCUUUAGCAUUUUAAAGUGCUGUGCAUUGUCUGUCAGGGUGGAGGUGACAAAGCAGUGACAGUGCCUGUGGAGGGCAGGGAAGGUGGGGGAUGAGCUGGGAAGGGAGAGGCAGAGAGUUCAGCCUCACAGAGGGGGCUUCUGGGCAGUAGAAACUAAAGAAACCUUUUACAUGAAACAUUCUAAAAGAACCUUUUCAAAAAGAUAAGGUCGUAAGUGAUGUUGCAAAAUUUAGUGUUCGUGGCUUUGAAGAAUAUAAUUGAGAAAGCUCAGUCUCCCUCAGUAAAGUCUAUGCACUGUUUUUUUAAGAGGCUGUAAACAUCUUGAUUUCACUAAAAAAGAGUUCUCAGAAGAGCUAAAUUCCUUAUUUGCUUUAAAAAAAAAAAAUUAACUUUUUUUGAGUGCCCUGAAAAGCAACUCCAAAAAAGUUUGUUUUAAAAAAAAAUUGCUGUCUUUAAAGGUAAAGGGGGAGGAUGGAAGCUUUAAAGGGUCUCUUGGGAGUGUGUCUGCAAUGAUUUUUUGGGCGAGUUUUACACAGAGUUAUGUACCACAGGGCACCUUGGCUCAGGCAGCCGCUGGGUGAAGGGGGUUCCAGCAGAAUGUCCCCUCCCCAUGUUCACUGGUCACUUCUCCAUGCUCUGGGACAGCUUGGGGCUCAAAGUCAUUUGCGAGCAAAGCCAUUUUUGCUGUUUCACUCCAGGGUUACAGAGGCCCCAGAAACACACUCAUGCUCCGCUUGAUGCCUCACAAGUGCUUGACUAAAGACACCCAACAAGAAGGACCCUGGUUAAGGAUCUGCUGGUCACAGCUAUGGUCUGGGGGGGCUGACCCACACCACCAGCCCUCAACAAGGCUCUUAAAUUAACUACUUAGAUUUUGGAACUUAAAAAAAUUCUGAGGUCUUUCCUAAUCAUUUCUGUCAACGGCCUGAACAGACGAUAGCACUUAAUUUUCUGGAUAAUGCUUUGCUUUUCCUGAGCCUAAAAGAAAAUGACUGAUGGGUGGAAUCCUUAUUACCUGUCUGGUUGACCAGAGCCCUUUAUAUGCAGCAGAAAGAAAACUAGGGUUGUUUUUUUUUCCCAAGGUUCCUAAAAGGCCAGUCUGUAGAUACAUCGCAAAAAUAUAUUGGAUGGAUGUUCUUAAGCCACCUGGAUCUUUUUUAAGUUGUUCCUUAGGCGAUGACACCAGAGCAAAUGUUUUUGUUAAGUGUUCAUAGAAAGUGAAUUAUUCUGGAGGGCAUUAUAUAUCUUUGGAAAUUGUGCAUGAAACAUACAGUUUCUAAAUAAGGUUAUUGUUUGGUGUCCUCACACAACACCAGAUAUUAGAAAACUGUAAUUGAUACAUGAUAGUACAACUCAAGUUAUUUCUUUAUUUAAUUAUUGUCCCUGCUGUUCUUUUAAGAUACGCCCCUGCCUAUUUGUUCACUGUUGGUGUUUGUGAAGGCAGCAGAGGCUGCUCAGGUAACCUCAGCUGCGGAGCUUUACUAUCCUGGCUGCACUUGGGGCAAAUUUGGUAGAAACAGGUAUCUGAAAUGGCUUGAAGUCUAGUACUGGGAGAUGAAUGGAGGAUGGUUUCUACUGUUCCCAUGUAGUUCCCCACACCCUAAAGCACAUACUCAGUGCAUGAAUGCUCACCAUUGCUCUGCGGUGGUGGCUGUGCCUCAAGGCUCUAGCAGUGGCAUGUGUGGGCUGGGAGCUGCCCCUCCAGCCGCUGUGGGGUGGCCUUGGGGAGCAAGGAGCAGGAUAGAGCCCUGUCUCGUGUGAGGGGGGUUGAUGUACCACAGUGGAAUUGUCUAAAAAUAAGAAUUGUAAUAGCUUGAUGGUGGUAUUCCAUGUUACUUUUUUCUCCUGAAAUGCUUGUCAGUGGGAUAAAGUUGGAAUCUCACUUUGGAAAUCGCUUGAGUUUCUUCUCACCAAUAAAGGAUAAAGGGUUUCUCUUCGCUGCACAUGUAAACUCACAAUUCUUGUUACAGUCUUGACUUUGCAUAUUUACACAGUGGUGUGCACACAAACACAGAUCAUUAAUGUCUUAAGAUACUUGGUGUUGCAGUUGCCUAAUGAAGGAAAACUCUGCCAUCCCUUUUCUCUGGAAAAUGUGUAUGACACUGUCAGCUCUUAAUUGGAACACUCCUUAAUUCUUGGGCACGAUAGUGACUUAACUGUAGUUGUCUGGUUUUGGAAAGUAUACUUCUCUUGCUUUCAGUGAUGUUCUGAAAUGCCGUGUCCUGAGUUCUGUUUUCUAUAUAAAACACUGAGAAAAAACAACCAAGAAUCCCUCUAGUUGAAAUUAAAGAACCUGUGAGAGGAGCUCUCUGAAGGUCGUGUUUGGGGUGGCUGCGGGGGAGCUGCGGUGGGACGUCACAGCGGGGCUGGAGCUGCUCGGGUGGCACCCGGCCCUCGUGUCCCGGGGGAGCCAGUGGGAGGGAUGGGGAUGAAUGUCAGUGAACACGGUUCAGAUCUCUUUUUUUGAGACAGAAACACUAAUAUAAAAAGAAGAAAGCAAUCUGUACAGGAGUGAGACUAGUUCAGUGCUGUAUUUUGAGGUUUCUGUUCCUUGUGAUCAGAUACAUGUCUACAGAUCUAAUUUACUGAUCAGAAAAUAUUUGUAUAAAGCAAUGUUUAGGCAUUUUGGAAAGAAAAGCAAGUACUGAGCCAGGUUGCUCGUGUUGUGGUUAAACCUCGCUGUUCUCUCGAUUUACUUGAUGAUAAGAUGGCAGUGGGAUGCAAUGCUAGUAUAAAUAACCUGUUAGAGUUAGACAGAUAGUGGGAUUUAUUGUUCAAGCAGGGCGAUGCUGAUCCUUUGGCUGUGUCCAAUGAAGAUUUCUUCACAUUGUGCUGCCAGCCCCCGCGCUGAGCGGCUGUGCCUGGCGGGUGUCUGUGCAGCAGGGACAUUACUCACUUCUAUUUUGAUUAGCUUCAGAGGACAAAGUAGUUCUGUGUUUCCACUACUCAAAUCUGCUUAACUAUAAAAUUUGGUGUAUUCAUGGGUUGAUUUUUUUUUUUUUUUUACUGGGUAAAUAUAGAUUGUGUUUUAAAUUAACACAAGUAAGAGCCAGCAGGAAUCCCGUACAGAGAAUAUUCUGAUACACAGGCACGCACACCUCCAGAAUGGCGAUACACCUCUCAUUUGUUCCACCAUUUCCUGUGCCCUCACCUCCUGUUACAGAACUGCUUUCACAUUUGCACUUUGAGGAGUAAAACUUCACUGAACUUCCAUGAAGCUCUCUUUUCCCUCCUGCUCCUGGCCACAGUUUGUCCUGAAGCCUCCGCGAGUGGGAGCUCCAGGAGGGAGCUGUGAGUGCACAAACAAGGCUGCUUUUCCUUGAAGCAAACUUGAACUUUGGAUCUUUCCUCCUGUGAUCUGUCAUUAGAAAAUGGUCUUCUCCAGAUGGCAAAACAAAAGUUAAGAAAACAAAUGAAUUAAGAAGAACUACUUGAAGCCCCAUACUACAAGUUGAGAUUAUACAUCUGAUGUUUCUGUUUCUGCAUUGGUACAUUUCAUUCUUAUUUAAUAAGUUCCGAGUUUGUGGUAUCUUUUGUCAAGAUUUUGAAGUGCCUCUGAAGAACUGAGGAACAGCCCAGAGUGAAGAAUUGUUCCUGGUUUAGCUGUACUUCUUUUUUUUUUUUUAAUCAAAUCUUUUUCUUCGUUGGAUGAAGUCACAAGAUUAGAAAAGCCUCUUGAAGCCCCUCAUGUUUGAGGUGGCCACAUUCCCACACACGUUGCCCGCGUGCAGGGACUCUCACACGUUGUGAGGGCUGUGGGGAGUUUGCUGCUGGUGGCGAGGGGCCGGCGAGCCCCGGGUGCCCCCAUGGGUGCUCCUGGGGGGGCUGGGGCUGCCCGGGGGUGGGUAAUGCCGCCUGACCCCGGACACUGACAGCUCCAGUUCUCUUAAGAGACGUACAAUUAGGUUUUUAAAAGUUGAACUUAAAGAAUGGUGGGGGGGUGUGACCCAGGUGUGCACCAGGAUUGAAUCCCUGAUGUCCUGCCUCUGAUGCCCCGUCCUGCCCCGAGGGUCCCAUGUGGGGAGUCACCUCCAGCUGAAGCUGCAGUGUCUGAUGGCUCCGGGAGGCCACACACAAGUGUGAGUGGAGCCAGGAAUUUUUGCCUCAGUUCUUUCUGUGAGGGCUGCAGCCGCCUCUGCGCAGUUUCUUUUCUGAUUUGUUCUGCCUGGGCUGUCAAAUCUCUCUCCCUUCCCCUCAGCCCUUUGGUUCAAUCCCACCCAUCCCCAUCUGUGCUCCUUGGCAAUGGAACUGCUGCUCAACCCAAUAUCUUUACAUGGCUUUUUCCCUCUGCUGUCUCUUUAUUUUCCAUCUCAGUUUCUCUUCCCGUGGCCCUUCUAUUCUCACUCACCCCGGGCUGCCUGUCUUGGCCACGGGGCCACAAGCAUCCCUGGCCCAGCCUUGCUGUGUGGCUUCUCCCGCCUGGGUACCGCUCUCCGUCCUGCUGCCUCUGCCCUCAAACCUGCUCCUUCCUCUGUGCUCCUCAGUCUGGAGUCCUGUCACCAGCUCCUCUGUGUCUCCAGCUUUUGGCUGCUGCCUCACUGCAGCGGGUUUAUUUCUGGUAAAAGGCUGGCUCUUGUGUUCCCUGUGGACUCUUCACAAAUGCAGCACAAGCUCAACCCUGUUAACAUAUCCAGCAGGGCUUUAAAACUUUUUUCUGAGUUUUGUUUCCAUCAGGUUUCAGUGAUGAAACGAAGGGAAAUAUUAGAUUUAAAGUAAUAUAAAAUAAAAGGGAAACAGUUUUGAGUUGAGCAAUCAACUCAAAAUGAGCAUUAUGCAGAAAAUUAAUAAGCAAUAGCCAAAGGAAGAGAAAAAUGGUGGGAGGGCAAUGAAGAGCUGAAGUUCAGAGGAAAUCUUUGCAGUAGGAUAAGACAUGCAGGUGGUAAAACUGCUGGUGAUGGUGUCAGAGAACUGGAAGGGUGAUGUCUCUCAUUAGCAAUGAUUAAUAUUAAAAAUUAACUUUUUUAAAGUCUGCGGGUGUAGAAGCCGUGUAUCAGUGCCUGUAAGGGAGGUGCCUGGGCAGCCUCUGCCAGUGGGUGAGGACAGCAAAGGGGAGAGGGGUUUGGCUGGACACCUUGGGGGGGAGGGAAAAGGAGGUGGGUGUUAAUGAAGGAGCGAGAUGCACCUCAUUUCAUUCUGUCUUUGGUUUGGGGUUGUCUUUGGGAUUAGUGUGAGCCGAGUGUGUCUGGGCCCCUGCAGCACUCGGUGUUUUCUGACAUGCACACCUUUUAGAAGGUCGAUCACAGAGAAUCGCAAUGAAAUGGGGAUGCUCUUAGAAGGGUUCUGCUGGGAGCCGAGAUGAUUCAGGGUUCCAGGUCACUGGUGAAAAUAGAUAGAAAAUCACUACUGAUAAAAUGUUAACACAAAAAAAUGCCCACACCCAAGACCAGAGUGAAUAAGAGCUCCGUGCAUUCCCAGUGCAGUCCUAGGGUGAAAGACUAAUGAAUAGGAAUGUGUUCUUGUUUUUAAUUGCCAUUAGCAGUAAGUGAUUAUACUUCUGUAUGUCUCAGCUGUGAGAGCUGGGAAUUUUGGAUGCAGUUGGAUAUUUACAUUUUAAAAGAGAAGCUGAGUAAUUGGAAUGGAUGCAAAAAAAGACUCAAAAAUUACUGGUGGAGUGUGAAAAUGCCUUAGAGACGGUGAGAGAGAAAACUCAGUUGGCUGAGUUUAUCUACCAGAGUUGAGAAUGUCUUGAUUAGAGAGUGCACAAGUACCUUAAUGGGGAGAAGAUACUAAAGACUGCAGCUUUCUGAUAAAAAGAGCAACAUAGGAAUCACAGACUGGCAAUCGGAGCCAGGCGAAUUCAAAUUGAAAAAAAGUACAAAUUCUGAAGAGAGAAUAACUGUGUAAUUUAGGAAUGUUUCUCCAAAAAACUGUGAACAGAACAAUAAAAGUUACAAUAUUUAUGCAAA